GAUUGAAUCAAGGAUCUCACACAUGCUAGGCAAGCACUCUACCACUGAGUUACAUCUGCAUUCUUUUUUAUUCUGAGACUGAAUGUUGCUGUGUUGUCGAAAAUGACCUUGAACUUGGGAUCCUUCUGCUUCAGCUUCCUGAGUAGCUGGGUUUGCAUGAAAUGACUUAGAGGCCUUAUAAAUAUCCAUGCAUUCUUGCUUCAGACUUUACAAUUGAAGGCCAACCCAUCGCUUAUUAAUAUUACAAGGAAACUGCUACCUCAGCAAACAAAAGGAAAGGAAGACUUAUAAUAACGAAUGCCAUUUUUAAAGAAAACUUGUUUUCAGAAAACAUUACAGGAAAUUUGGAGAUUUUUAGUCAUGAGGAGAAGCUUUACAGGUAAAUGAUUUGACAGGCAGGUUCUGUCAACAUUCUACAGAGAUUUGAUCUUCCUUCUUAAGGACUGUGUGUGGAAUAACCCUGUAUUGCUUUUUAAACUGCUGUUGAACAGCUUGUGGGUUUUGGGGUUCUAACUUUUUUGGUGUAUUAAAGAUACAUUAUAUUACAUUUUUAAAAGUUAUUUUUCUGCCGUUGUAAAUACAGGUAUCAAAAUAUUCUUGCAGAGCAACUAUAAAGUAAACAUUUUUUCAACAAGCAUACGUUUUUAUUAAGAGAGUGGAAUGCUAAACAAUUCUUAUACAGCAUUUUGGACACACUUUCAUUUUUUUGUCAGAGAUCCUGCCUACACUGAAAAUAUUAAUUCUAUAACCUAUUGUUCUUUUCACUUCUAUGUUUGAUCACUUGGUCACCUGCCUCAUGGAAAUGCGUUUUUUAAAACUUCGAUUUGCAGAACUCCAUUAUUUUUAUACCUAGCUACAGUUUUGGAAGAAACGAAUCAGAACCCUGACCUGCUCACAGUCCCUGGGACAGGUUCCCCGCAUGUAUUGCUGCAGUGCCCAGGACAGUAAAAUGGACUACAAGCGGCGCUUCCUGCUUGGCGGGUCCAAGCAGAAGGUGCAGCAGCACCAGCAGUACCCGAUGCCAGAGCUGGGCCGGGCACUGAAUGCUCCCCUAGCAUCGACGGCCACCCCCGUCCCACUGGGCAGUUUGACUGCUGCAGGCAGCUGCCACCAUGCCAUGCCCCACUCCACUCCUAUUGCUGACAUCCAGCAGGGCAUCUCUAAGUACCUGGACGCCCUCAAUGUCUUCUGCCGUGCCAGUACUUUCCUCACAGAUCUGUUCAGCACUGUAUUCAGGAACUCUCACUAUUCAAAGGCAGCCAUGCAACUCAAAGAUGUGCAGGAGCAUGUCAUGGAAGCAGCCAGCCGGCUAACUUCAGCCAUAAAGCCCGAGAUUGCCAAGAUGCUGAUGGAACUUAGUGCUGGGGCAGCAAACUUCACAGAUCAGAAGGAAUUCAGUCUCCAGGACAUUGAGGUAUUGGGGCGGUGCUUCUUGACGGUGGUGCAAGUCCAUUUCCAGUUUUUGACUCAUGCGUUACAGAAAGUCCAGCCGGUAGCUCACUCUUGCUUUGCUGAGGUAGUUGUACCAGAAAAGAAGAACAGCAGUGGUGGCAGCAGCUUAUCUGGCAUGGGCCACACACCCGAACUAGAAGAAGCUGUGCGUUCCUGGCGGGGUGCUGCUGAGGCAACAUCUAGACUAAGAGAAAGAGGCUGUGAUGGCUGCCUAGCAGGAAUUGAAGUUCAGCAGCUCUUCUGUUCUCAAAGUGCAGCAAUUCCUGAGCACCAGCUAAAAGAACUGAAUAUAAAAAUUGACAGUGCUUUGCAAGCAUAUAAGAUAGCUCUGGAAAGUUUGGGCCACUGUGAAUAUGCAAUGAAGGCUGGCUUCCACCUGAAUCCAAAGGCGAUUGAAGCAAGUUUGCAGGGCUGCUGCAGCGAGGUAGAAGCCCAGCAGACAGGGCGGAGGCAGACACCCCCGCAGCCCAUGCAGUGUGAACUUCCCACCGUCCCCGUGCAGAUAGGAUUGCACUUCCUGAAGGGUGUCUCUUUUAACGAGUCUGCCGCCGACAAUCUGAAACUUAAAACGCACACGAUGUUACAACUGAUUAAGGAAGCAGGCUGCUAUAAUGGAAUCACAUCCAGGGAUGAUUUUCCUGUGACAGAAGUGCUGAACCAAGUAUGCCCAUCCACAUGGCGGGGUGCCUGCAAGACUGCUGUGCAGCUUCUGUUUGGCCAGGCUGGAUUGGUGGUGGUUGACACAGCACAGAUUGAAAAUAAAGAAGCCUAUGCCCCCCAAAUCAGUUUAGAAGGCACCAGAAUCGUGGUUCAAGUCCCAUCCACAUGGUGCCUGAAGGAAGAUCCUGCCACCAUGUCCCUGCUGCAGAGAAGCCUGGAUCCUGAGAAGACCCUGGGCCUAGUGGAUGUGCUCUACACAGCUGUAUUGGACCUAAAUCGUUGGAGGGCAGGAAGGGAACAAGCUUUACCUUGCAUCCAGAUCCAGCUUCAAAGAGAGAUCUGUGACUUUGGGAACCAGGCUGACCUGCCUUCUGGAAAUGGAAACAAACCUUCAGGUGGCCUCCAGAAGACAUUCUCCAAACUGACAUCCCGCUUCACCAAGAAAGCAUCAUGUACCAGCUCUAGCAGCAGCACAAAUUAUUCCAUCCCAAAUACCCCUUCCAAAAAUGUCUUCAUAGCUGGGUGUUCAGAAGAGAAGGCCAAAAUGCCCACUCAUAUUGAUACACGGUUACAAAGCAUUUUGAACACUGGUAAUUUCCCUAGGACUACAGAUCCCUCACAAUCAGCUCAAAAUUCCAACAAUCCAAUGGCCAAUGGUUUUCUCGUGGAGAGGCGUGAAAACUUCCUGCAUGGGGAUGACAGCAAAGAUGAAAAGGGCAUGAACUUACCAACUGAUCAGGAAAUGCAGGAGGUGAUAGAUUUUCUCUCAGGCUUUAACAUGAGCCAGUCGCAUCAAGGUUCUCCACUGGUGACAAGGCGUAAUUCUGCUGUCACAGCCAUGAUGACUGAGCAGAAGGCAGGAGCCGUGCAGCCAUCACUGCCAGUGCCCCCUUCACCGCGGCAGACACAACCUAGGACACACACAACUCUGACACCCCAGCCAGGUCCUGCACCUCAGCAACAGUCCCCAAAGCAACCGCAGCCCCAAGUCCAAUACUACCAAAAUCUGCUGCAACCCUUUGGGCCACAGCAGCCCCCACCUCAGCCUCAAGCACCUGGAAAAUGGGUACACAGCUCAGCCCAACAGCCAGCACAGCCUGUGGGAGCAGGUCUGUCUCCUCUUGUUCAGUGGCCUGGCAUAUCUGAUCUCAGUUCUGACUUGUACAGCUUGGGUCUAGUGAGCAGCUAUAUGGAUAAUGUGAUGUCGGAGGUUUUGGGACAGAAGCCACAGGGACCUAGAAAUAACACCUGGCCAAACCGUGACCAAAGUGAUGGAGUCUUUGGAAUGUUGGGAGAGAUUCUGCCUUUUGAUCCUGCAGUGGGCUCAGACCCCGAAUUUGCACGCUACGUGGCAGGUGUGAGUCAGGCAAUGCAGCAGAAGCGGCAAGCCCAGCACAGUCACCGCCCAGGCAACCCUCGGGGCAACUGGCCACCCAUGGAUGAUGCCCACCGGACCUGGCCUUUUCCAGAGUUCUUCACAGAAGGGGAUGGUCUGCAUAGCAGCUGGUCAGGUGCUCAGGGUGACUCAGCCAGCUCCAGUGAUGAGACAUCUUCAGCCAACGGGGACAGCUUGUUCUCCAUGUUUUCCGGGCCUGACCUCGUUGCUGCUGUCAAGCAGAGAAGGAAACACAGCAGUGGAGAGCAAGAGACCAACACGCUGCCCUCGCCAUCUCUCCUCACUACAGUAGAAGACAUGAACCAGGAUAACAAAACCAAAACGUGGCCACCCAAAGCACCCUGGCAGCACCCUUCUCCGCUCCCCAGCACAAUGCCCAGCCCAAGUGCACCGCUCUAUGCAGUUGCCAGCCCUGGAAGCCAGUGGAACGACACCAUGCAGAUGCUACAGUCCCCUGUGUGGGCUGCAACCAACGACUGCAGUGCCACCUCCUUCACCUACAUGCAGACUCCACCACAGCCCCCAGCCCCACCCGCACACAAGGCGGCACCCAAGGGCUUCAAGGCCUUCCCUGGGAAGGCUGAGCGAAGGCCAGCCUACUUGCCCCAGUACUGAUGCAGGGUCAGCCUGCCUGCCUGCCUGCCCAGAGCUGUUGGGGCCAGUACCUCUGCCCCAUGGCUGACUAGUUGAUACCAGCCCCCAAGAGGACCAGUGCACCCUGUCCCAAGGAGGGCUCCUUGGCAACAGGGGUAGUUGGCAGCUCCAAGCCUUUAUCGCCUGGUUUCUCAAACUUUGAAGGCAGCAGACCCCUGGAAAACCAGCUGAAGAUGGAGAUUUCUGACACUCAGGGGGAUGCUGGAUAAUCUGCAUGUUUAAGCACCUCAGGUGAUUCUGAUGCAGGGGGCCAGAGGCCACACUCUGAAAAACACAGUUCUAAGGUUGCUAAUCCUGCUGUGUGUUGGGAAGGUGUCAGGCCUGAAGGCUGACAGCAAAACUGACCAUUCUUCUGAAAGCUUCUCCUUUUCCCUCCUUAAUACAUUGAGUGGUGACCACACCAAUCACUGAUUUCAUAGCUAUUAUUCAUGUAGGCUUUUAGUUAAAACAUCUGCCUAAAAUGCAUUCAGUAGUUUAAGAUAACAGAUACAGUCUGGGGAUGUGCUAACACUAUACUUAAACUUACUCAAAAUGGGCAAGGUAGAGAAUAUUGCAGCCAGAAGUAUCACCUGGUGUUCUGUGAGUGGGCAGCUUUUUCUACCCCGGAAACACCCAGGGGAUGUACCCCCUACCAGAUUCACAAAAGCAGGGUUGUGAAAGUGAUUCCGGAGCUCUGUUGCUGAUGGUGCAUGGAGAAGAGCCAGCUGGCUGAUGUCUGGGGCAGACAGAGCUGCACCUGCUGCCCUCAGAGCUUCCACACUUGGACAGAGGCACUGUGCAGUCGUUGGGAUGCUGAGCUGUAGCCACUGGAUUGCAAGAGACACCUGCACUUGAAACCAGUGAUAUCUGUGAGCUGGCUCAGAAGACAAACCAAUUAAGAUGUGAGCAAGAAUUAAAGUCUUUUCUUUAAAAAAAAACAAAACAAAACAACACCUCAUUUUCAGUUAAUAUGUACCAUGAUUAAGUAGAUAACAUCUUGUGGAUUUAGGGAUAUUUUCCAGCCAGAAUGGAUCCAGAAUUGAAUGGUGCUUAAAUUGAGAAAUAAUAAAUAUAUCUAUAUAGACUAGACAUAUCCCACUGUAUAACUGAGGUUGCAGAAAGUUCUUUAUAUAAAACUUAUUUAAAUUUUUCAUAUUUCAUCUUUGAAAAAGUCUAAUUAAAAAUCCAUGAUAUUUUCUGGUAUGAAAGUUUGACAGUAUUAAUAUUUUUUUUAUAUUUUCUUAAAUCAUUAAACCAUUUUAAUAUAUGUUAACUACUAAUAAAUGGUUUAUUCUUUCUAACUCCAUAUAAGCUUUUCCAGCAAAGAUUGUAAUAACACAUUUAUGUUCUCAUUUUUCUACAAAUACAAGUAAAUUUAUAUUUAAAAAUACCAAAAAGAAUAAAUAAAUAAAUAUAUAUAUAUAUAUGUACACAUACCAUACACACACACACACACACACACACACACACAUUACAGAGGACCCUUAGGUUGUCUGAGCCCAGCCACCUGCAUUUUUAGUACUGUGCUGUCGGGCUGUUCCAGGCCUUGGGUAUUGUCUUUUGUUCCGUAUGGAGAUGUCACUGCUGCCUGUACUUAAUGAUCCUUUCACACAUUCACCUCACCUUGUUUACAGAAAACUGUGUGUACAUAGAGUUUUUCAGGCACGUGCUUUGCAUCAACCCUGUGUGGCUCUUGUCUGUAUUAGCUGUCACAGUGUGCACACUAAUCUCUGUUAAAGUUCUUUGUGGCUGUUUUACUUGUAAGAUAGUUUUCUGUUUCCUUCAGUAAUGUGUCCAGAGUACCCAGUACUUGGAGUUCUGUUAUAAUAAAGUACUUUUAAUAGGGCCUCCCCAAAGACCUCAUGGUGGACAGAGGUCAGUGCUCAAUGCCCCAGUGCAAGUGACAUUGCUAAUUGUCACUUUCCAGUUUGUUCUUCUCAAUUUAGGAAGAUAUUUCAUAACUGUAUCUCCAUGGGCUGAGAGACUGUGUGAAGCUGUUUGUGUAGUCUCCAUGUAAGUGCUGUGUUCCCAGCACCGCCUUGCUCUGAACACUGGUAAUUCCAGGUGCUGCGCUCGGCAGAGGGGUCUCGGCAGAGGGGUCUCGCCAAAGCGCAUGUGUGUGUGCAUGUGUGUAUACGCGCGCGUGAGUGUGUCCUUGGCAUGGCCGGGCAUGGCUGCCUUGCUCCGGCAUCAGCAGGACAUUUUGUGAAUAGUUACAAUGCUUCCAAACUGGAACUCUACAUUUUGUAUCUUACUUUUAAAGCUCCUAUAAGUAAAAUAACUAUUGGCUUUAUUAAAAAAUAUAUACAUUUAAUAA